AGCCAUCUUUACCCGCGAGCGCAUACCAAGGUGUUUGGUCGUCGAGUGCAUGGAACUCAAAUCAGACACUCGACGACGUGAACACCGCGGGGACUUCCAUCUCUCCGUAUAUUUCAUUGGGUUCGUAUCAAGCUCCCGAACAAGGGACACAGAUUGAGAGCAUGUAUGAACCGUUUCAUUCGUAUAUAUUUUGGGUGUUUCGUACCCCCUAAAGAGACCGACCGCACAGCCUAAUUUUAUGGAACUAUUCUGGGCAGGCGCCUCGUGUGCGGUCGGUCUAAACUAUACCCCGAUGGCAUUUUGUGGGAUCUGAGUGCUUUCGGGAUAUGUUGGGCGCUCAGAUCUAGGCUGUCCGGGGAUAUAGGACUUGAGGGGGUACCUGUUAUUAUUAUAUGCAUUUUGGGGUGUUAUUAAUGUGUAUGUCCUGGACCUCAUAGUUAAUGUCAUUAAGUUGUGUAUUUUGUCAUAGUCCCCUCUUAGGUCCAGUGGGGAAUGCCCCUGGAAUAUAUUAGAGUAAACCCCUUUCAUGGGGACCUGCAUAUGAGGUCAGUUGUGGCUGCCAAUAAAUCAAUUCCUGCUUACCCUCAACAUAGAGUCUCAUCUCAUGUUUGUAGGGAACAGCUAUACCGUGACUUUGAUUAUCGUGAUUGGGAUUAUUGUAGCAUCACUGUGAAUAGGGAGAAAGUACAACUCUGGCGGCGAAACGCCUGCCAAUGUCAAGGCAGACCUCCCUAGACAGGUCCUACUCUGGCCCAUGUGUUCCCUAUUAAGGGUUUAAUACGUAUAUAGGGGUGUAUAUAGAAAUAACCCUUUUUGUCUCAUUAGAGAUAUCUUUGCCAGAAGCUACAUAGUUACAUAGCUGAAAAGAGACUUGCGUCCAUCAAGUUCAGCCUUCCUCACAAAUGUUGUUGCUGUUGAUCCAAAAGAAGCCAAAAAACCUGGUCUGAAGCCCUUCCAAUUUUGCCACAAACUAGGAAAAAAUUCCUUCUUGACCCCAAAAUAGCAGUUAGAUGUCUCCUUGGAUCAAGCAGCUAUUACCCCACUAAUUAGAAAUUAUAUCCCUGUAUGUUAUGUUUUUGUAAGUAUUUAUCCAAUUUCAGUUUAAACAUCUGUAUGGACUCUGACAAAACCACCUCUUCAGGCAGAGAAUUCCAUAUCUUUAUUGUUCUUACUGUAAAAAAACCUUUUCUUUGCCUUAGAUGAAAUCUCCUUUCUUCCAGCCUAAAUGUGUGACCUCGUGUCCUAUGUAUAGCCCUGUUUAUGAAUAGAUUUCCAGAUAAAGAUUUGUACUGGCCCCGAAUAUAUUUGUAUAAAGUUAUCAUAUCCCCUCUCAGGCGCCGUUUUUCCAAACUAAACAGAUUUUAUUUUUUUAACCUUUCUUCAUAACUAAAAUGCUCCAUUCCUUUUAUCAAUUUUGUAGCUCAUCUCUGGACCCUCUCCAGUGCCAUGAUAUCCUUCUUUAGAACAGGUGCCCAAAAUUGCACAGCUCAAGGAAGCAAGGUGAAGGGUCAAAGUAGGACCCGUCUAGGGGGGUCUGCCUUGACGUUGGCAGGCGGGCAUUUCCUCCAGUGGCCAUUGGAGUAACUAAAUGACCUCCAUUUGUUUAAAUAUUCAUAGGGAUUAAGGAGAGAGCGCAGGUAUCUUUUUUAUUUGUUUUUUUACUACAUGUAUUGGAGCUGAUGUGUACUGUGGUCGUUGCUGCCGCCCAGGAGUGAUGGGAGUGAGCGCAGGACUUUUCUUUUUGUAUUCACUUUUUGUAUCACACAGCUAGGUUACAAUGCUGCCGCCCAGCCCAUGUGUUCCCUAUUAAGGGUUAAUAAGUAUAUAGGGGUGUAUAUAGAAAAAAUAAAAUAGUAUAUCACUUUAAAAAUAUUUAAUAGUAACAAUUGUAACAAUAGUAAAACAAAAGGGAAUCUCAGCCUGAUUCCUUGGCUGAGAUCAUCAGAAUUGACAAUCUCAACCAACCCAUUGCAUUGCAAUAGAAAUAUAUAUUUCUUAUAGCCCUUUUGUUUUACUAUUGUUACAAUUGUUACUAUUAAAUAUUUUUAAAGUGAUAUACUAUUUUAUUUUUAUUUUCAAUUUAUCUUCCUCAUCACCUCCUAGUCUACAUAUCCUUCAGUGGGGAUUAUACCACUACAAGCCUUAUAUACUAGAGCAAGUUGUCUGCUCUAGCAAAUGUGAGUACAAUUACUUUCAUUUUAUUCUCUCUACAUUUGGAAUCAGAGUUGCUACACCAUUGGAGUUUCUCUCUCUUUUUUCUACCCUAUGUAUGUCAUCAUACUAAUGGAGUACUGAAAAGUUUGGGCCUCCUAUCCUGAGAUGGGGAUUGUACCGUCCGUGCGAAUUAAGGUAGAGCUCCUGAUUAGCUCUACCAAAUGUGAGUUUAAAAUAGCUUUGCUUUACAUACCAUUCCCGUUUUCAAUUUGUUACAGCAUAUUGCACUAUUGUAUUUCUCUCUUUGUGUUUUUUUGAGGAUAUAUUAUCUACACCAAUUAAGGGAUACCAAGUGUAUGUAUGUAUUGCUAACAUAAAGCGCGGUUUCCUUCUUUUCUUUUACAUUAUGUAGGGACUUGUAAGCAAGCACCAGAAUCUUAAACUGAUCCCUAUUUCUAACUGGAAUCCAAUGUAGGGACUGACAGAGGACGGAGGCAUGGGAGCUGCGGGUGGACAGGAAAAUGAGCCAUUUAUUAUAGAUUGCAGUGGUGCAAUCUGGGAACACGUAAGAUCACUGAGAAGGGCAUUGCAGUAGUGAAGGCGAGAAAGAACAAUGGCAUGGACCAGCACCUUAGCUGUGUCUGGUGUUAAAUAAGGGCGGAUGCAAGCUAUGUUUUUGAGAUGGAGUCGGAUGGAUUUGGCAAUCGACUGGACGUGAGUGGUGAAGAAGAGGUCGGAGUCAAAGAGAGCAGCUAGGCAGCGAGCCUGCGAGGUAGAGGUGAUGGUGGCGCCGUUGACUUGGAGGGAGACAGACACGGGAGUAGCAACACUUGAGGGAGGAAAGACUAGAAGUUCUGUUUUGAACAGGUUGAGUUUAAGAAAGUGAGUAGCCAUCCAGUUGGAAAUCGCAGAGAGGCAGUCAGAAACACGAGUCAAGAUGGGCAGGGAGAGAUCAGGAGAGGACCGGUAAAUUUGUGUGUCAUCUGCAUAUAAAUGAUAAUGGAAGCCAAAGGAGCUGAUGAGUUUACCAAGGGAGGCAGUAUAGACUGAGAACAAUAGGGGACCAAGGACAGAACCUUGGGGAACGCCAACAGAGAGGGGUUGGGGAGAAGAGGCAGAGCCAGAGAAAGAAACACUGAAAAAGCUCUGGGAGAGGGAGGAGGAGCACCAGGAGAGAGCAGUAUCCUGUAGACCGAGAUAACAGAGAAUGAGAAGAAGCUGUUGAUGAUCAACAGUGUCAAAGGCAGCAGAAAGAUCAAGGAGAAUUAGAAUAGAGUAAUGGCUGUGAGAUUUAGCAGCGAUUAAAUUGUUGGAUACUUUGGUCACAGCUGUUUCAACAGAGUGAUGAGCGUGGAAUCCAGACUGAAGCGGGUCCAGACUGAAUCUCGCAUACACAACUCUCUCAAGGAUCUUGGAGGCAAAUGGCAGUAGUAAUAUAGGGCUAUAGUGUGAUGGGGAGUUGGGGUCAAGGUUGGGCUUUUUCAGAAUCGGCAUUAUGGUUGCAUGCUUGAAGGGUGAGGGAAAUGUGCUGGAGGAAAGGGAGAGAUUGAAAAUUUUACUGAGAAAGACAGAGUGCGGAAGAGAUAUGAGGGAAUAGGAUCGAGGGAACAGGUGGUAGGGUGGGAGGACCGGAGCAGAGCAGUAACAGCUUGGCGAUAUAGCCUUCAUUUUGAAAUCUGGUUUACAGUUCACCUCAAUGCAUUCUUUAUUGAAUAAAGCAUUUGUGAUGUUAUAUUUGGGCUAACCUAAGGCUAAACAGACAAAUGUCUAAAAGAGUCCAUAAAUACCACAGCAGCAGUCAGCAGCACUUGCAUUAAAGUCAGUGUCAUCUCCAAACACUACAGCUUUAGCGCUUAACAAAAUAAAAAAAAACUGUCAUGUAGCACACACACAUGUAAAGUCAGAUGAAUGCUGUGCACGUGCAUGAGAUGUCACACUUAUGAGCGCUUGGUGCUGCUCCAAUACAUUUGUAUGAGAAAGAACUGAUUGGCUGAAAAUGUUAAAUGGACACUGUAGCUGGCAGCAUACCUAUUUCAUCUAAUUGAAUUGGUUAUGGAAGCUGGAGUCCUCUAGUGCAGUCCUCCAUUUUUGAGCAGGUUUUAGCACUAAAUGGCGGGCUCUGGUCAUGGGCAAGCGGCAGAACUGCUGCAGGGGAACCUGGGGGAGUCCAGUCUUGGCAUGGAGCAUGUGGUUUGUUCUUCCAGUGGGUGCAGACCAUAGUAAUCACUCCCUCGUGGUCCUGGCACUCACGGAUGUGUCAGAGCACGGGCUGGGAAUCCUUGACUCACCAAGUGCCGGACUGCAUGGGAACUAUUACAAACACUCAUACACAAGACAGUCAAGGAAUAUGAUAACCCACUGGACCAUUAGGUAUCCAGGAUAUUUCUGUUCAAAAAGGCUUUAUUCAAACAUAAGCAUUUCAGGGUAUGCCCUGAUCCCUGUACAUUAGCAGGUAUCAAUUGAUUGAACAAGUAAAUAACAUAUAACGGACUUGCAGGUCCCAACAUUAAGUGUGUAGUCAACACUCAAACAAUGUUACAUAGUAUUUCUAUAUGGCAUUUGGUCACGUUUAACACGUUAAGACAUACAUAUGAGUGAUCGGAUUGCGGCUUGAGUAGAGGGAUAUUCAUAAGUUUGUGCCUUGCGUCUGUUUUAUGUGAUCCUCUAGUAUUUCCUUAUCACCCUUGAGCCUUAUUCUCUUUGGGGUAGUAAGGUCUAUUGGUCCGUCGUCAUAGGUCAGAUGUCGUUCAGGGACGUGUCUUAUUCGUGUCGUGUAGUUGCGUGAUAAAGGUGUUUGCGUCCAUUUUGACGUGCAAAUGUGAGUGAGUGACACAAUUGUGGGCAAUCUCGGAUUAAGGCGGGCUACGUGUAUCAUGUAAUUUAUAAUGAAGCUAUUGUUGGGGAGUUUUAAAGAGAAGAUGAGUGUUAAUUGAGUAAGAAGUAAGAGAAAAGGAGAGGGGGAAGAGGAGGGGAGAGCUGGGUGGGGGGUGGUUGGGCGGGGGGUGUGGGAGGGGGGAUAGGGGAGUAUGAAGGGAAAGGUGGUCCUGUCAUCCGUGACCACGGCGUAGUAUGUAUCGGACCAGGCAUCAGUCCCCGUCUGUGGGGGGUCCUGGGGCUCCUUGGGGUUGCAAAUGGCCGUUCCUAUCUGUGUUUCGGUCCGCUAUGUAGAAUAGCCACGGGCGCCACCUCUCCACAUGCUUGUCUUCUAGUCCUCGUAGUGUAGCCUGUAUUAAUUCCGCUCUAUAUAUUUCUUCCACCCGUUCCAACCAUUGUCUUAUCGUCGGGGUAUUCGUUUGUUUCCAGUAUAAUGGAAUUAGUGCCUUGGCUGCGUUGAUUAGGUGUCUACGAAUGUUUUUCCUGUAUGUGCCUAUGGGAUCCGGUGUUGAGUGUAGGAGGACUGCCUCUGCGUUGAGGUUUCCUUCCGUCCCUGUGAUAUCCCUUAUUUUCUGUAGGACUUCGACCCAGAAUGGCUUAAUGAGUGAGCAUUCCCACCAUAUGUGCAGUGGCGAACCACGUUCAUCUCCGCAUCUCCAGCAUAUGUCAGGUACAUUCGGGAAGAUCCUGUGUAGACUGUCGGGCGUUCUGUACCAGAAUGAGAGAAGUUUAUAGUUGGUUUCUUGAUAUUGGGAGCUCGAUGAGCAUUUAUGGUGUAAUAUGAGGAUCUUUUCCCAUUGGGAUGUGGUGAAAGAUGUAUUUAGCAUGCGUUCCCAGCGUCUGCGGAAUUGGUCGUUGUUAGUGAGGUGCCCCACGAGUACGUGUUGGUAUAGCAGGGAUAUCGCUUUACCUAGAGUAGUCUUGUGAUCGCAGAGCGUUUCGAACCAUGUCAAGUCCCUGUGUAACUUUUCCUUGUCUGGAAGUGUCCGGUAAUAUGUUCUGAGUUGUAUAUAACGGAAGGUCUGUAGGCUAGUGGGUUGGUCGCCUUAGGUAUCCAGGAUAUUUCACCUGGUAAGCUAAGGGGGUUUGGGACAAAGAAUAUGCCAACAGCACACCAAAUACAGGGACAACAGAUUACCUUUCCAAGUUUUCAUACCCCUGUUAAUCUCUGAACCUUGUCAUUAGAGCCACUUCAAGGAGAUGAAGCAGUUACGGUGCCUACCUCCAUGCUGAUGUUAAAGUGAGUCACAGAAGUCCUUUAAAAAUUCUGCAAGUAUUUUGUUCUUUUUUGUUUUAUUUUUGCAAAUCUUUAAUGCAUUGAAAAGGGAACAUCUCCAGCCUUCCGUGUCCCUUCAACUUUCACGUUUAAAGCCAACCAUAUUAUGCAUUGAAUUAUGUAAGUAUGAUGCAGAAAUAGCAAUGUAAAUAAUUUAUUAUAAUUAUUUUAGAAUAUUUUGACAUUAAACAAUAUAAAAAAAUCCAGCAGAUAUGUGUAUAAACAACUUUUAUUAUCAAUUCAGAAUAAAACAUACUUUCAAGGAAUGCAAUAGCUAAAGGCUAGAAAUCAAAUAAACAUGUUAGCAUAAAUUGUUUAGAUUUUUAUGAGUGUUUUUGUUAUGGCAUGUCGUACACCACUUCCUUACAUUACAGUUGUUAAAACGUAACGUCAGUGAUUAUAUAUCUUCUAUCUCAUUGUUGUCCAUAAUUUCCUCAAGGUUGCUAUACUUUGAGUCCAUGUUUGUUUUCAGAUCAUUCACAAGCUUGUCCUUUGUUCCGGGGCUCACCAUGUGACUUCCCCCUCUUCCAGUGAUAUAAGAUUUCAAGAAUUUGAAAAACUAAAAGGAGAUAUAUAAAAUCAAUAAAUGGUGGAAUAUUUAUAAAGAUUAUUGCCAACCAUGUUAUAGUCUGCUUUCAUAGAUACCAUAGAUUUCACUUAAAAGAAUGACACUAUGCACUAAAACAAUGUUAGCUUAACCUUAGCUGAAGUGGUUGGUUUUGUUGUAUAGGUCAUGCCUCUCAACUAUUUUCUAUUUAGGAGUUAAAUCACUUUGUUUAUGCAGUUGUAGCCACAACUCCUCUGGCUGUGCCUCUCUACACUUCCUGAAUAAGUUUAAAGGGGCACUAUAGACACCAGAACAGCUACAGCUUAUUGUAUUUGUUCUGGUGAGUAUAAUCAUUCCUUUAGGCUUUUUGCAGUAAACUGUGUCUUUUCAGAGAAAAGGCUGUGCUUACAUUACUGCCAACGGAUACCUCCACUGGCCACUCCUCAGAUGGCUACUAGAGGUGCUUCCUGACAUUCAGUGUCUCCACCCUCUGCAUGGAGACACUGAACUUUUAUCAUAGAGAUGCAUUGAUUCAAUGCAUCUCUAUGAGGAGAUGCUGAUUGGCCAGGGCGGUAUUUAGCUUGGCCCCCUGGCCUGAUUCCUUGGCUGAGAUCAUCAGAAUUGACAAUCUCAACCAACCCAUUGCAUUCCAAUGGUAAAGCAUUGUGAUUGGCUGAGAUCAUUACGUCUGAUUAUGUCAGCCAAGGAGGUAGAUCAGGGGUAGAGCCAGCAGUAGAUUGGUAUAAAAGUAAAAUUUUAUUAUAUUUAGGGGCUAGAUAGUGUUUUUAACACUAUAGGCAGGGAUGUUUUAGCCGCGAGGCAAACAAAGCCUUUGCCUUGGGCGGCAUUUUCCAGGGGGGCAGCAAAAAAAGCCGCCCCCAAAUGCCCAGGUCUAAUGCCUUGUUAGCCUUGCGGCUAACUGACAAGGCAGGCUGCUGGGCGGGCGGGCGGCGAGGGAGCACUUUCCCCUGAGCUCUCUGCUCAGUUCCCUCGCACGCCGCAGAGUGAGACUGGGAGCCGGAACAUGACGUCAUAUCCCGGCUCCCAGCCUCACUCUGCGGGUGGCGCGUGAGGGAGCUGAGCAGAGUGCUCAGGGGAAAGUGCUCCCUCGCCAGCGCCGCCUGCCCGCCCAGCAGCCUGCCCAUCAGCCACUGGUCCCCCAGGUAGAGAGGAAAACCCCCCCCUGCCCCCCCAGCAUUCCCAAAGCUAAGGAGGCUGGGGGGGGUUAAAUAAAAAAAAGUGAGUGUGUUAAUGUGAGUGAGUGUGUGUGUCUGUUAGUGUGUGUGUGUGUGUUUGUCUGUUAGUGAGUGAGUGUGUGUUUGUCUGUUAGUGAGUGUGUGUGUGUGUGUGUGCCUGUUAGUGAGUGUGUAUGUUAGUGAGUGUGAGUGUGUUUGCCUGUUAGUGUGCGUGAGUGUGUGUGUCUGUUAGUGAGUGUGAGUGUGUGUGUCUGUUAGUGUUUGUCUGUUAGUGAGUGUGUGUGUGUCUGUUAGUGAAUGAGUGUGUGUUAGCUAUUGUAUGCGUAUCUGUCAGUGAAUGUGUGUGUGUGUGUGUGUGUAUUUAGAAGGCGGGGCAGAGGGAAGGGUUGGGUGGAGGGGGGGCAAGGGGAGGGGGGCACCUGAGUUUUGUCCUGCCUAGGGCAGCACAAAACCAGGAUACACCACUGACUAUAGAGUCAGAAAUACAUAUUUGUGUUCCUGAUCCUACAGUGUUCCUUUAAUUUUAAAAUUUCUGUAAUGCACAGUAUUUUUUAUUUUUUUUGCAUACCUCAUCUGUUGCAACUGCAUGCUUUGCAAUCUGCUUCAUCCAGGGCAUCUCAUAGAGAAGUACUGGAUUGGAACUAUUGAUGUGCAGCCAAAUGCUGUAGUCCUCCAAUCAAAUACUGCUAUAAUCAGCUAUUUGAUUCCACGACCACGUGUCACUCAGUUCUGGAAUAGUAAGUGACUUUAGUGGCAAUCAGAAAGACAGCCACAUGAUGUGUGUUAACCUUGCAAUGUAAACUUGCAGUUUUUGCAAACCUGCACUGUUUUAAAUUGCAGGGUUAAAAUGACAGAACCACUAUAACCAAACCACUUCAUUGAGAUAAAGUGGUCUGGCUAACUUUAGUGUCCCUUUGAACUUAACUUUUAAAGGGAUUCACUAGUGCCAGUAAAACAAACCCAUUUUCCUUGCACUGUAGAAUACUGUCGCCCCCCUUCACCCCCUCUCCCCCCAACCCGCAUUGCUUAAGGGGUUAAAACCCCUUCAGAUACUUACCUGAAUCCAGUGCCGAUGUCCCUUGGUACUGAGUCAGGCUCUGCCCACGCUCCUCCCCGCCAUUAUCCGCUGGCGGAUGAGACCUAAUGCAGGGCAACGGCCGCACGCGUGUGAGCGCAUUAGACCUCGCCAUAGGAAAGCAUUAUUCAAUGCUUUCCUAUUGGGAUUUCGGCGACCCUGGAGAUCCUCAUGCAUAACGUGAGGACUUCCAGCGUUGUUUAGACGACCAAAAGUCAUCUAAGAACCCGGAAAUCCCUCUCUGGUAGACUGCCACUAGAGGAGGACUUUACCCUGCAAGGUAAUUUUUGCAGUUUAUAGAAACUGCAAUAAUUACACUUGCAGGAUUAAGGGGGAUGGGAACAGUGUCUCUUUAAUUUCUGACAAUUCUCAUUUUAGUGAAUAAAGCUGAAACUCUGGGCUUGCCCCUUCUUGUAUAACAAAGGCUAGAGCUGCAUUUAUUUUCGUUUAAAAAAAAAAAACAACAUAUUCCUGAGCUAAUAUACAAAUAUAUACAAUAUAUAUCUUGGGAUUUGUUCAUUAACAUGACUGUUAAUGACUGUACACAAAACAAGAGGUCAUCCAUUGAAAUUUUGAAAAAUAAAGUUUAACUUUAGCUAGAGGAAUUGAUUCUUUAAUUAUUAACAAUAAAGAAUUUUCAGACAGGAUAUAUAUAUAUAUGUUAUUUACAUACUUCAUAAAAUUCAGCAGAUGUUUUUUUUUUUUUUAAAAAAGCCUGCAUACUAUUUUGGAAAAGCAGUAAAUACAACACUAUGAUAGUUAUUAAUGCCAGGAUAAGUCUAAUUGAUACCUUGUAGUCAAGGAUGAAUUUUUUUUCUUUUUGUUUUUUCUGGGCAUAUUAUUUUAUCAUUUUCUUUCUUUUUUUGUGGGCAUAUUAGAUAUAUAUUGAAUCGUCAGCAGAAAAAGUGUGUGGUGAAUAUUUACCUUUUCUACAUAUAUUAUUAUUAUUUUUAUAGAGACCAGACAUGAAAAAACUCAAUGUGCAGACAGAAAAAAUACUGUUGUGCAUCACCUGCAUAUCUCAAGUUGAGAGAAUUCCCACUUUGACAUGCAAAUGAGCAUGACUGGUUUCUGGCCAAUGAUCACUUUAAAUCAUAACCCAUGCUUGCUUUAAAAAAAAACAAAAAAAAAAAAAACAAGUGUCUGUUGCUAGGGGUACAGGGUGAAGUCUUAAACACAUUGCCUUUCUGUGUUCAUUUGCCCAUGAAUCGAGGAACUCUGGGAGACAUGAUUUCUGUGAGCUUCUAUGCUACAGGAGAGCUUCCCAACUCAGGUGAUGCACAACAUGAACAAAUAUGUAAAAUGUAACACACAUUACAGUGUUAUUACAAAAAAAAGAAAUCAAACAAACACUAACAGGGUAUUCACUUUAGUGAGAAUUGUUGGGAAUUGUAAUAGACCAAAAUAACCAAACUGGAAAAAUUAUUGAUAUCAGCUGUUCAAAAGUCCAGUUACUUUGGCCUUAAAUUUCAAAUUCACUUAGAAUUUUUAACAAAACUCACUUUGAAUAACCGUGUAAAUGUUUGACAUUUUCAGAUAUUUCGAAAUCUGUAUGCACAUGCAUCUUUCCCGGAUUCAUUUACAAAGUGGAAAGUAGUCGUCGGGUGCUAUAAAAAGUAUAAACUAAAUAACUCUUAAUAACUAAAAAUUACUUAUUUUCAGAGGUAUUUAUUUGAAAAUUAAAAAUUAUUUUUUAAAAGACUUUUUCUGAAAAGUCAAGAUACACUAAAAAAACAAAGAUAAAUAAUGCUUACAUUUGUAUUUCUUAUCGGGUUCGAUCUUUAUAAGCUUUCCAUUUCUCUGUCAUCAAAUUAGCCACAAAACGGCUCAUUUACUUUUUACACUAGUUUGAACAUGCUGAGCACAAUCUGGACACAUAACAGAGCACGCAGAUGCCAAAAAUUAAGCAUCCAAAUAUUUGAGAUUUACCAGAUCUCUGUUGUAGGGGUUCCCCAGGGAUUUCCAUUCUGCUUCCCUAGAAGACUGAGCCGCAACACAUGCAAUAAGUAAGGAUAUUAUUGUAGCUAUUGCAAACUGUGUAUGCUUCAUCCUAACAAAAAGCAGAACAGAUGCAUGUAAAUAAAUCAUCUCUGUACCCGUACCUUCAAUGCUAGAGAAUGCUUCAUAUAUUUCCAAUGAGAAACCGUUUCCUACCUCAAAUACAAUGUGUUUGCUGCUCUGUCCACCACCGCGUUCUUGUCAUCCACUAAAGAGAGUGACAGUCUGCUUUACAGCCUCAAUUUAUACAUCUUAAUGACAAUACUCAUCCCACACUGAAAUAGUGCAGAGCUGCGUGCGUUGACCUGCUUUGUUCAUCUACAAAUGGAGUAGCAAUUAGCGUCCUUGUGAGAUUGUCUGUCAUGAGUAAGAGUGCUGCAACGUGCGCUCAAAAAGGUUUUGCGCAUGAAAAGAAGUUUCACGAAAUGUCUUGUUUGAUGAAACUUGAAGAGGCCCUUGUGUUGGAGAGAUGCUUCAAUCCUACGUCAUAGACGCUGUCCCCAGAGAUAUUCUCUCUCGUUUUUUUUUAAAAAACCCUUAAGACUAAAAGUGUGUUUAUAAUUCCUGUAAUUUUCCUGCAAAGGAAAUGUCUAUUUAUAUACUUAAAGAGGAGCAAUUAUUUUUAAAAAAAACUAAAAAAAAACUUUUGAUGUGGUGCAGUGCUGGUCAGGAUUUCAGUUCGUACAUUACUAGCCAGGCCUAACACGUACUAAUUGCCACAUGUGUGACAAUAUAGUUUAUGUGUCAGACACGCCUUACCCCUGCUUUGAGUUAUUAUGUACCCAUAUACAUACUUUCAUUUUAGGGGAGUGAGUGGGGGGUGAAGGGUGUUGAGGGGCGAGGCUGUACUGAGAAUUUUUUUGUGACUUACUAAUAACAAUUUAUGCAACUAAAAUGUAAUUUAGAACAAGAACAAUGUAUCUUAUUUACACAAACUGAUUUCUAAACACAUUUAUUGUGGUUUAACCCCUUAAGGACUGGACUGUUUUUGCGAUGUUGUACAUUUGCGACCAGGCAUAUUUUUACACUUUUGUGGUGUUUGUCUUUGGCUGUAAAUUUCUGCUCUCUCAUUUACUGUUCCCAUACAAAGUAUAUAUAUUUUUUUUUUUUCAGGACAAAAGGGGCUUUCUUUACAUACCAUUAUUUAUAUAAUCUCUUGGAUUUUAAUUUUAAAAAAAUAAAAAAAUAUGAUGAAAAAUUGAAACAAAAUACAUGUUUUUUGACUUUUACCUGAAAAAUCUUUUACUCAUCUACAAAAGCGAAUGAAAAAAACUGCUAAAUAGAUUCAAAAUUGUCCUGAGUUUAAAAAUACCCAGUGUUUACAUGCUUUUUUGCUUUUUUUUGCAUGUUAUAGGGCUAUAGGUACAAGUAGGAUAUUGCAGUUUCAAAACAUACAUUUUUAAAACUUAUCAAUAGUGACAUUGUAACACUAUUAUCUGUCAUAAAUCUCUGAAUAACACCCCACAAGUACAUAUUUUUUUUAAAGUAGACAACCCAGGGUAUUCAAUAUGGGGUAUGUCCAGUCUUUUUUAGUAGCCACUUAGUCGAAAACACUGGCCAAAGUAAGCAUUCAGAUUUGUUUGUGUGUGAAAAAAGUAAAAAAACUAAAUUGAACGCUAAUUUUGGCCAGUGUUUGUGACCAAGUGGUUACUAAAAAAGAGUGGACAUACCCCAUUUGGAAUACCUUGGGUUGUCUUCUUUUGCAAAUGGUAUGCAAUCAUGGGGGCAAUUCUCAUUCCUAGGCUACCAUACGCUCUCAAAGGCAACGUAACCAACCUGGCCAUUUUCAAUGUAAAAAUAUUUGACCCAUAUAUUUGACCUUGUAACUUUCAAAAAUACUAUAAAACCUGUACAUGGGGGGUACUGUUUUACUCGGGAGACAUCGCUGAACACAAAUAUUAGUGUUUAAAAACUGGAAAACGUAUCACAACAAUUAUAUCAUCAGUAAAAGUGCUGUUUGUGUGUGAAAAAUGCAAAAAAAGUCACUUUCACUGACAAUAUCAUCGCUGUGAUAUGUUUUACUGUUUUGAAUCACUAAUAUUUGUGUUCAGCGAAGUCUCCCGAGUAAAACAGUACCCCCCAUGUACAGGUUUUAGGGUGUCGUAGAACGUUACAGGGUAAAAUACAGUGCUAGCAAAUUAAAUUCUCUGGACUUUCGGCCUGGGUUGGCAGGCAGGUCCCUCAAAUUGCAAUCAAUAAAAUUACUUAAUUAUGUAAAAAUAUUACAUAAAUACGCACGUAGAAUUUAAAUAUAUAUGCAUAUUUAUAUAUUUGAAGUCUACGUGUAUAUUUAUAUAAUUAUUUAUGUAAUUUUGUAUAUGGACAUAUGUAUAUUUUGUAUUAUUUUUAUUUAUUUAUAUAUACAUAGAUAUAUAUACAAAUUCAUUCUAAGUGUAUUUUGAUAUAAAUAUAUAUAUAUUAAUUUUAAAAUACAGUUAGAAUAAAAUUUCAUAUAGAUAUAAUGUUUUUUCAAUUUUUUUAUUAUUUAAAAAAAUUUAAUUUAAUUUAAAUUACUUAUUUAUAUUUUAUAAUAAUACAUAUAAUAUAUAUAGUUAUUAUAUAUAUUAUAUAUAUACGUGUGUAAUUUAAUUAUAAGUGUAUUUUUAUAUUAAUAUAAGUACAUAUUAAUAUAAAAAUACACUUAGUAUGGCAUUAUAUAUAUGAUAUAUAGACAUAUAUUAUAUAGAUAUAAUAUAUGUCUAUAUAUCAUAUAUACACAUAUAUAAUUAUUUUAUUUUUUUUAUUAACAUUAACUUUAUUUUUUAUUUUUUGAUUUUACACUAGCAGGGAGACUGCCUGUCAGCACAGACAGUCCCCCUGCAGGCAGACACAUGGACACCUAUUGUGACCAUGUGAUCGCUGUGUUGAGCGAUCACAUGGCCACAGGGGUCCUAAUUCAGUGUGGGGAGACUGUCUGGGCUGCAGGCAGUCUCCCCACACCGGGAGCAAUGCUGAUCGCCGCCGGGGGAACGACGGUGAUCAGGUAAGUAACUCAGACCGUUAGGACGGUUCAGGACCGUCAGCGGUCGGCAAUGGGAAAAUGCCGAUGACGGUCCUGAACCGUCCUCGGUCCUUAAGGGGUUAAAGAUACAUUACUGUGAGAAUUAUUGCUGUGGAGCUCUGUUAUACGCUCAGACACACCAAAAGUAUGGAAUGCCUAGAAAAGAGGGACAUUAGGAUAGAGAAGACGGAUAUUUAGAUUUGGACUGAAAAAAGGGACUGCCUCUCCUAAAUAGCCCUGUCCCUGGUCACACCCCCAAAAUGAAAGCGUACCUCAUUAUCCAUUUGAAAUGUUGGACGGUAUGUGAAUGGCCCACUGCACUCUUCAUGUAGUGCAUUUUUUUCACAACCGAAUUCUAGAAGCUAGUUUACUCACUCAACCAUUAACAUUGCAUGUUCUUAGCAACUUUCUUUUUUCUCAGUAUUUCUGAAGAAGAGUUUAAAGUAUUGGAUUCCAUCCCAAAAUGGCCACAUCCAUAGAUAAAACCUGUGUGCUGAUCACAGCUUAUGUAUAAUGGCUUACCUUUAUGAAAAUAAUCCUGUUGUGGUGGUGGUAUACUUUUGUAAUAUCUGAGAUACAGAAUUUAUCCACUUUGGCUACAUUCUCCAUAAGUCUCGGCUUAGUGAAUAAACCCCAUGGACUAGCAUCUUGUGAGACUGGGUUAGCUUUUGCAGUUGCUUCCUGCAAUUCGUAUCCUCCAUAUUUCACUUAUAACAAUAUGUUUCACAGAUAUAUUUUUGUGACGUGCAUUUGGAACGAUAAGGUAAUAGCCAGACUGAUUUGUUCUGAAGACUGAAAAGUCCCUUGUGUAAUAGAUGCAUUAACACCACUUUUCAGUUUGUUUGUUUUGGGGUUUUUGUUGUUGUUUUUUUUUAAGUAGCAAAGUUGAACUUUGUAUAAAUAACUGUCUUUUUUAAGGGGCAUUUUGACAUUUUACAGCAGUAAGGUGAAUGUGUUUUUAAUUGCCCCGUGAUUACAAAAUAUAAGACAACCAUUUAAUAACAGAAAUUACUCAAUAUGCUCUUUUUUUUCUUCUGUGGUAGGUUUUUCAGGUCACAUACAUUUAGACCUGUUCCUCUAAAUAACUGAAAUUGGCGACCAAAUUACUUUUUCUUUUUUUUUUUUUUUGACAAUCUUUAUUUUCCAUUUCACGUUUGAAAACAACAGUGUCUAAGAACAGUUUAUCGCUUGACAAAAAUAUAUUGUUGAGCAUGAGAUAAAGCUUCAGUGGUGAAGAAAAAAAAACAAAAAACCUUUAGUGCCUUAACAUCUCCUAUGUCUACACAGCAAAUAUUUACAUUCAGGGCCAUCUGGUCACCUCGGUGAGAGCCAAGUGUGGUGUUUUAAAUAAAGUUUCCUUCUACUGUGGGUAGGCAAUUGUCAGUGUACCUAUUUGUAUGGUUAUCGGUAUAGCUCGGCAUAUGGGAGGGUACUCUGGGUACCAGUCUAGAUGGCUGGGCGGUAUGUUUUCAUGCCGGUUUCAACACUAGACUUGGUCUCAGUUCCCUGUGUAUUCUGCUCCUGUGCUUACAAUGAGUGUGCAUAUUAAUAUGCCCCUAUUGCGGGCUCGUCAGCGUCAGUCGUUGGGGUUCGGUCCGGUGUACAGUCUUGGGAAGGGGGCGGGAGGUAGGAGACAUAGGGAGUAGGGGUAGCUAGGUAGCUUAGCUCUGUAUGAGUCAGCUUACUGCGAGCCUCUGGGGGGCCAUGCUUGGGUUUGCUGAUCUGUUAGCUAGGUAUGUUGCCCAGGGAUACCAGGUCAGUGCACAUUGCUCCUGUCUACCUUGGAGGUCUGCAGUUAAGGAUUCCAUUGAGUGGAUCUCUUCCACCCUUGUACUUUUUCAAUGACUGGAAAAAUGUCUUAAAAUGCUACUUUUAUGUACAAUUCAAUUGAUGUGGUUCUCUGCAAUAUAGAGUAAUUUUGUGAUUUCCCUGCAUGUAUCUCAUAAGUAGUGACUUCACAUUAAAUAAAACAUAUUUUAGUGCACGUUCUAGCAUUUUGUAAAUUUUUUAAAUGAGAAGUGAUUAUAUGUUUUAUAGAGUGUAAACACCCAUCACACACUGACAUCUACUCCCAUCACACACAGACCACAGACAGGCUUCAUUAUACAUAUUUUUCCAUGACUGUCCUUCUCAAUAUGUAUUUAACUAGCCCCCUUUUACCAUGUUUGCAGUUAUGUGACCAUUGUUGCUAUGAAGCUGUAACAGAACUCUGUGUAAACAAACCUGCCCCUUACAAAUACAGCCAGCAGACUUAAUGUUGGGUACAUAAUGACGGUCCCCAAUUUCCCUGGAUAUUACGCCUAGACAGCUGACUCCUACUGCACCCUGACAUAAAGUUGAGAUGAUACAUAGACAGCUGUACAUGUGUAAUUCUAAAAAUAUAGGGGUUUAUUCACUAAACCACACAUUUUAGUGAAUUGAAAAUUAAAUUGCAAAAUUUAGGCAACUAUUUAGCCAUUGAUUGUUAGCAUUCAAUGAUAUAAGCAAUACACAUAUUCUGACACUUUUGAAAUGAGAAACUCACAUUUGAAAAAAAAAUGCUGCUUUCAAUUAAAGGGGAAGUGUCACUUAUCUAUAUAUUACACUUUUGAAUAUAUCACUGGAAAACCAGGAACACUGUUUAAUUUUUCCUCUUCUCUCUAUACUGUGACUAUGCUGACUACCAGAGGCAAGAUAGAACAUAUAGCAAUGAAUUACUGGGAGCCAAGAUCGUAGCCCCCAGUAGAAAUAAAGAUGCGUGGAUUUCUACAUUUAAUUGGCUUUUUUUAUUGCUCAUAAACACAUAUUUGCGAAAUAAGGGGGACAAGUGAACAUAAUAGUAAAAAUCCUGAAAAGUGAUGGUUUCGCUUUAAUAUUUUUAUUACAUCCAUGCCUUCUCUUUUUCUGUAUUUUUGUUUGUUUGUUUCAGACAGUUAACGUUUGUGGUUUAUUUUAUUUUAGGGAAAGCAUUUGAGAUGUUGCCUACAGCUUAUUAUCUUGCUGUUUACCUUUUCUGCUGGAACUUUACAUCACGGGAAGUCCAUACCUUGGAAUAUUAUAUGGCAGCUGUGUAUGAACAUCAUGCUAUAUUGAACCCCAAUGCUACAGUUUUGUCUGACCGCAGGUCUGCGCUGGAGUUUAUGUCAAAAAAUCUAGAUAUUUAUGAAGCUCAAGUGACUGUUGCUGCAAAAAAAGUAAGAACGUGUCUCCAGGGCAGGUGCAAAGAUUUUUGCCAGCCUAGGCUAACAAAAAUUUGCUGCCCCCCAUAUGCUCUGCCCACUAUUAUUAUUAUUAUUAUUAUUAUUAUGAUAUUUAUAGAGCGCCGUCAAAUUCUGCAGCGCUUUACAAUGGGUGGACGAACAGACAUGUAGUUGUAACCAGACAAGUUGGACACACAGGAACAGAGGGGUUGAGGGCCCUGCUCAAUGAGCUUACAUGCUAGAGGGAGUGGGGUAAAAUGACACAAAAAGGUAAGGAUAGUAUUAGACUAGUGACAGUUGCAGAAGAGGAAUCAGUCAGGAGCUAUUAACAGUUUAAUUGAUACGCUUUUAUGAAGUGGGUUUUUAACGAUUUUUUGAAGGAGUGGAGACUGGGUGAGCAUCUAACGGAGGAGGGAAGCGAGUUCCACAGGAACGGUGCAGCCCUCGAGAAAUCUUGAAGGCGAGCAUCAGAGGUGGGAGUACGGACAGAAGAUAGGCGUAAGUCUUCAGCAGAUCGUAAGGGCCUAGAUGGGACAUACUUGUGUAUAAGGGAGGAUAGAUAGGUGGGAGCAGCAUUAUGUAGAGAUUUGAAAGCAAGAACCAGAAUUUUAAAUUGAGCUCUAUAUUUUAUAGGAAGCCAAUGUAGGGACUGACAGAAGGGAGAGGCAUGGGAGGUGCGGGCGGACAGGAAGAUGAGCCUCGCCGCCACAUUCAUUAUGGACUGUAAUGGUGCAAGUUGGGAGCAUGUAAGACCACUGAGAAGCGGAUUACAGUAGUCAAGGCGAGAAUGGACCAACAUCUUAGUCACAUCUGGCGUUAAGUAGGGGCGGAUGCGCACAAUGUUUUUGAGAUGGAAAUGACAGGAUUUAGCGAUAGAUUGAACAUGAGGCUUGAAGGAGAGGUCGGAGUCAAAGAGAACACUUAGGCAGCGAGCCUGUGUGGUGGAGCUGAUGGUAGCACCGUUGACUUGGAGGCAGACAGACACAGGAGGAACAACACUUGAGGGAGGAAAGACCAGAAUUUCAGUUUUGGUCAAGUUUAGUUUAAGGAAGUGGGCAGCCAUCCAGUUAGUAACAGCAGAGAGGCAGUCAGAGACACUAGUCAAGAGGGACGGGGAGAGAUCAGGAGAGGACAGGUAGAUUUGCGUGUCAUCUGCAUAGAAAUUAUAUUGGAAGCCAAAGGAGCUAAUGAGUUUACCAAGGGAGGCAGUAUAGAUGGAGAACAGUAGGGGACCAAGGACUGAACCUUGGGGCACACCAACAGAGAGGAGUUGGGGAGAAGAAGCAGAGCCAGAGAAAGAAACACUGAAAGAGCGUUGGGAGAGGUAGGAGGAGCACCAGGAGAGAGCAAUAUCUUGUAGACCUAUAUUGCGUAGCAUGAGAAGAAGCUGUUGAUGAUCAACAGUGUCAAAAGCCGCAGACAGGUCAAGGAGAAUUAGGAUAGAGUAGUGACCAUGAGAUUUUGCAGCGAGUAGAUCACUAUGUGACAUCACAAUGCCCCACCCAUAUGAGCCAACACCAGUACUGCACACAAUGUCUUUAUUCUAAAAAGCCUGCAGGGACAGGCUAUAGACACUAGAACCACUACCUUAAUAUGUGAGGUAAAUUAGAGAUUAGUGUCUCUAAUAAUAUACUGCAUUGCCUACUUACCACUAGAUGAGGACAAUAGGAAGAUGAUGGGCUCAGACUGCAGACUGGCUUCACUGGUCUGGUGUUAAAACAGGCUCUCUGGAGGCAGUGCUCACAAAAAUCACUGAACAGGAAGCAGCUCCAUUUUUUGGGGCCCCUUACACAGAUCACGGUCUGGGGCCACAGGGUCUGACCAGGAGUAUGCCUACAAGGCCUGCCCAUAAGCCUUAUGCCUACAAGGCCCACCCAUAAGCCUUAUGCCUUCAAGGCCCACCCAUGAGUUCGCUCACAAGGAGUGGAGUGUAUGUGGGCAGGGGAUGUGUUAUGUAUUAUUGUAGAGCAAGCAUGUCAAACCUGCGGGCCACGGGCCGCAUGCGGCCCACAAUUGACAUUUUUACAGCCCGUCGAGCUGUGAGUACAUGCUUAGUGUUAUAGAAGAGUAGUCACCUGCUUACCCCACGUUGCAGGUGCCUACUCUGCUAAAACUUACCUGGCCAGGGAGGAUGGCCAGCGAGGGAGCUCAGUGUUUCUGCUCCUCACUGCUCCCUUGCGCUCGCCGUCUGUAGUGAAGCCAUAUUCCGGCACCACUAAACCGCGCGAGGGAGCAGUGAGGAGCAGAUAAAAGAUCCCUACUGGACCCCAGGGAGAGGCCCCACAUCGGCUUCCAAAGGUAGGGAGCAAUAAAGAAAAUGAUGUGUGUAAAUGUGUGUGUGUCAGUGAGUGUCUGUGUCUGUCAGUGAGUGACUCUGUCUCUGUGUGUCUGUCAGCGAGUCUCUGUGUGUCUGUCAGUGAGUGAGUGUGUGUGUGUUGGUCAGUGUUGCAUUGGCUGCGACUGGACAGUGGAGUACCUGGAGGUGCAUGGAGGCAUGCAACGCCACGUCACAUUCCGACGUGACAUCGACGUGCUCCACCUUCACAGGAUUUCAAGAAGUAGCAAGAGGAUCAGACUUGGCACAGGGUGCGGAUGGCGCCAUAUGGGGUAUACCAGAGGCCGGACUCCGGAGUCGCAUACCGGCAGCAUCAAUGUGAGUGGAGUCUGCUUGUGGUCUAGAGGGAGGUACUGGGAUUUAGUAUAUGGGGGAGUGGGGAGGGGGGGCUGGAAUUUAGUAGAGGGGGGAAACUGGUAUUUAGGAGAGGAGGGUGCUGUGGUUUAGUAGAGGGGGAUGCUGGGGGUUUUAUUAUACUGUACUUUUCAAAUUAAACCUACGUUUCUAUGAAAAUUUAAGGUUUGUUUUUUUUGCGGCCCACAUAAACUUAAACCUUGUUUAUGUGUCCCACGCUAGACUUUGAGUUUGACAUGCUUGUUGUAGAGGAUGUAAUGUGUGUGUGUUCUUAUGGAAUGUAGUGUAUGUGUGUCCCUACUAUCUAUCUCCUCUGCCAGCCCAUGCAUAGCGGGCACCAGCUACACUACAUAUAUUAAUGGCUGGGCCGGUGGGGAGAUCUUAUGGUCACUAGAUAGGAGGCAGAAGGCUGCAAUCUGCACCUCCCUACCAAAAGGUAAGAAGAAGGGAGAGGGGAAUAUAUACAACGUAUUUUAAAUUCAUAAUUAAUUUAAACAAAUGCGCAAUACAGGCCCCACCACAACAACUUUUGAUUGCAGCGUUUGCAAACCCUACCAGCGCAGCUCUAUGAGAUGUGUUUGCAAGUCAAGUACUCUGGGCAUUGCCUGCAUCUUCAAUUUAACUCCACUGAGUUAAACAAACCAGGAAGUAACAGGACCGGUUUUCUGAUUGACAACCAGGGGCAGUGUAACAAGGUAUAUUGAAAUCUGCACUUUUUCUAAAAUAAAACAGAGGACACACUCUGCACACAUAAAGUACUUCAGCAAGCUAAAAUGCUUUAGGUUUUUGGUGUGUUACUUUAAUUACAUUUUUAAACUUUUUGAAAGAAGAUCCUACAUUAUUUCCAGCAUUUCAGGUUUGUUUUAUUGCUUCCUUUAGGUACCACCAGAACAUCUCUAAAGCAUGUUUCCUUUUAGAAAUCAAGGUGGUUUGUGCUUCAAUGAUUACACAUUGUUAUAUCCAUUCUUUUAUCACACAAUGUAUAUUUCUUUUCAGGAUUCAUCCUUUUUAUGACAAAAUAUUACUCUGAUUAAAGGGAAAUUAUUGAUUAAAAUAUUUUAAUGCAAUUAGUAGCUAAUCUACAAAUCAACAAAAUGUAUAUCUUACAACCAGAACUGAGCAUAACCACUCCCUGCUAGACUGCUUAGGAAGGCUCUAGUUUCAAGAAAGGACAUAGAUACUAUAGAGUUGAGAUUCUUAACUCAUGUACUGCGGGCCACUUAUGACCUGCUGGACCCUUCAAUGUGGCCUAUAAAGCUUCACCAAAAUAUUAACUGAUACAUGUCCUGUUUAAUCACAUCAAAUCUUUUCAGAUGAAAUGAGUGCACUUGAAUUGCCAGCUUCAAAACCAGAAUUUAUGGAAUUUCCAAAGAAAUUGGAAUUAUUGACCAUCAAUGUGACACAGACCUAAAAAAUUUAUUUUGAUGAAGUGCCUUCCACAUAAUUUUACGAAAAUUACGUAGAAAAGGGAAAUGCAUGUGACAAGAAUUUUGAAUCAUCACCUUCUUCGUAAGAACAUAUUCUUGUGAGCAUAUGUUUUCCAGAAGGUAGCAUUCAAAGUCAAAAUUGAGGACAAAAAUUACUGUCAUCAGGAUUAGUUACCACAGAAAUAGUUCCUAACAAUUUUCUAACAGAAAUAUUAGUAAGAAAAAAAAUAAGUAGAGUCCAUGUUCUCAUUAACUUACUCUUCCACUCAUUUCAUUGCUAUUGCACUGUAUACAAGAGUUGUCUUUUGUGUGGCCUGUUAUAUGUGCUAACAUUUCAAAGUGGUCCACAACUUCCAAAAGUUGAGCACCCCUGCUGUGGACCAUAUAAACAGCCCAUGCCCAGCUCACUAGAACAAAUAAACCAUAAACAACUACUUCACGCAUGAACAAGCAGAGUCAGCUGUGUGUGGAGUUUGCAAAACAUUUUUUUCAGAGUAUGAGCUGUUAGAAGUAAAUGCCAGUUUAUCAGCAUUUGAGACACUCUUCAUCAUAGCUCUUGGCUCACGAUGUUAGCAUUUUGUAGCUCCAGCUCAGUUUACUGUAAUCCAUCAUAUUUUUUCUCUGGCAUAACACUUAUAAAUAAAUAUACGAAUUACACCCAAUUCAAUUAGUUUCCACGUUCACAUGUUAACUAUUCAUUAUCCAACAAACUUAACCUAACCCCCCUCAACUCAGGAGGAACCUUAAUUCUAUUGACCUCCAGCAGCUGAUAUUGAUUCACAACUGCUAUCCAUCCCUUCCCUCUCCUGUCCCUCACUGGUUAUCUCCACAUAUAACACUACCCUCACCUCUGCCUUGAACACUGCAGCCCCACUCCAAACAUGCACCUCAAGGAGGACACACCCCCAGCCAUGGCAUACUAAAUCAACAUGCUACCUGCAAAGAUGCUUCCGUUGUGCUGAACGCUCAUGGAGGAAGUCUCGCACACAGUCAGACUUUCUCCAUUACAGAUUCAUAUUGUGUUCAUACAGCGCAGCCCUUGCCCUCGCCCUCAUUAGUUCAUGCUUCCGCACUUCCAGGCAUCUCUUUGACAUCAUUAACUCUCUUCUUCGCCCUGCUGUGGCCACCCCCCAAACUAGCCCUACAGCCAAUAACUUUGCAUGUUACUGUUGAACAGCUAAGGAAAAAUUUCUCCCCACCUUGCCGAUCUCUUUCUCAACCACAUGUAGAUCAUGCCUUUCCUACCCUUCAGACUUUCUCCCCGGCUACUGAACAAGAGGUGGCUGUGCUUCUCCUUUCCUCUCGCCCCACCACUUGCUUGCUCAAUCCUGUCACAUCUCACCUUAUCAGAUCUCUCUCCCCUUGUCUUGUGCCUUCCUUAACACACAUUCUUCAACUUCUCUCUCUUCUGAUGUUGUCUCUGCUGACCUUAAACAUGCCACUGUAGUAACUAUCCUGAAAAAAACAUCUCUUGACCCAUCCUCCCCCUCUUACUAUCAUCCCAUAUCCCUGCUCCCUUUCUCCUCAAAGCUUCUGAAAAGACUUGUCUUUACCUGUGUGUCUCACUUCCUUAAUUCCAACUCUCUCCUUGACCCUCUUCAAUCCUGCUUCUGCCCUCUCCACUCUACUGAGUCCAUACUUGCAAACAUGCUCUCUUGGCAUCAUACUUGAUUCUGGCCUCAGAUCCAGUAUGUUGCCAAAUCCUGUAGAUUCCACCUUAAAAACAUAGUCCGCAUCCACCCCUUUCUUACGCAAGAUGCUACCAAGCAGCUUGUCCAUGCUCUAGUAAUUUCCCGCAUGGAUUAUUGUAACCCUCUCCUAAUUGGUCUUCCCAAAAGCCGUAUUUCCCCUCUACAGUGUGUAAUGAAUGCUGCCGUCAGACUGAUUUUCCUUUCUAGUCGGUUCGCUCACACCUCACCCCUCUGUCAAUCCUUACAUUGGCUUCCUGUAUUCUAUAGGAGUCAAUUCAAAGUGCUAACCCAUACCUAUAAAGCACUGAACAAUUCUAGCCCCUCUUAUAUCUCUUCACAGAUCCAUAGUUAUGGUCUGUCUCUCCGCUCUGCCUUUGACCUUCUCCUGUCCGCUGCUCACACCCAUAUAGCCAACACACGCUUGCAGGACUUCUCAGGGGCAGCUCCCUUCCUAUGGAAUAGCCAGCCUACCGCCAUCAGAAUCUCCCCUAGUCUUCAAUCGUUUAAGAAGUGCCUUAAAACCCAUCUCUUUAGGAAAGCUUAUGGCCUCCCAGAGUAACCUCUAGCUCACAUACCUGUCUCUUGCUCUCUCCUAAAGGGCAGCACUCUACUCUCUCCUCCAGCUCUGCUUCACUCCCACCUUAUUGGAUUGCUAUUUCCUGUCCUAAUGUGUUUUAUACCCCAGACUGUAAGCUCAUUUGAGCAGGGUCCUCUUCAACCUAUCGUUCCACUAAGUUUUUCUUUUAAUUGUCCUAUUUAUAGUUACAUCCCCCCUCUAAUAAUAUUUUAAAGCGCUACGGAAUCUGUUGGCGCUAUAUAAAUGGCGAUAAUAAUUAUGAAAAGCAAAAGUGUAUAUGAUGAUAAGUUAAGGUCAUGAAAAUUAGGACAGUCGCGGAUUGGAUGGAUGAGAUGGAAUGGUAAAGUGAAUGAGAUACAUGGAUGGCCAUAUAUACUAGAUACUUUGGAAACUUAGCUCUUUCUAAGUACAGUUAGUAACUGUUAUUUAAUUUUUUUUCUUUUGUUUUAAAUGCUACCAUUAUUAAUUUGGAAUUACUGUAAUAUACAUUGGGCUACUGUGGCAUAGUGGUGGGCUUAAUACGAUAUGGUCAUAUGAUAAAACUAAAUCCCCAAAUUAGUUUAAACUGAAUUUUUGUGUGCACGCUGUUACUAUAGCCGUGAACUAAUCUGAGUGUAAACUGAUAGAAACCAUAGUAUUACUGCCAUUGGUUUGUUGACCAGUUACACUGCUGAUCAUGGGUUUACGGAAUAAGGUUAGAUUGAGAGGCUCCAAGUGGUGGGACUUCUUCCUGACCAUAGAGGAGUCCACAUGCUACUGACACUAACAAAUGUUUAGCAACUUUGAAGUCUUUUUUUGCAUUAUCUAUAUAAUAUACUAUUAAUUAAGGUAAUUUCCGGCAAAUUGUAUUAUGUUUAUUAAGCCAGAAAGCAGUGCGAUGAUAACAAUAGAGCUCUCUGACUAAUGGAAGACAGUGCUCAUGACAACAAAGUCUGUCAAUACUGGUAUGUAGUAAAAUUGGUUACAAUGAAAAGAAUACGUAGAAUUAGAAUAUGUCGACGAAGGGCAGAGCCAUAUAUUAGAAAUGGUACAAAUGAAAUGAAUUGUUUGAACCGUGUGGGUGUAUUUCACAUCAUACUGUAAUUAAAUCUUGACAAUCCGUUAUUAUAUGAGCUUUUGACUUAGCCUUGAAAUGACAAGAAGCGGUUUGAUUGGGGUUUCCCAUUCUGCUGUCACAUUUCUAAUUUAAGUAUAUUAUGAGCAACACAUAUUUGUUCUUUUAAACUAUUAUAAUAUCAGAUACAGUAAGGCAAAUAAAUGUAUUUAAUGGAACAUUUCAAACACUAUAUAUUUAUAAUUGUAUGUGUUCAUUUUGCAAUUUUUUUUUUAUGAAUGGUUUUACAAUUAUUUGUUGUCAGGGUGCACAGAUAAUUGUCUUCCCUGAAGAUGGAAUCCAUGGAUUUAACUACACUAGACAAUCCAUUUACCCCUACUUGGACCAAAUCCCUCCUUCCCACUUAUUACCAUGGAAUCCAUGUCUGGAGCCUUCCAAGUUCCUUGACACAGAGGUGAGACAUUUGACUUGCGUUAUUUUAUGAUGUUUAGAUUUUGCUCCAAUAAAUCUGCCCACUGGAUUGAACUUGAGGGCCUGGACCAUCAUGACUUGUUUGCUUUAUUUAAUGGUCCGUUUGUUGUUUUUUGUUUUUUUUUCAAUGUUAUUUACUAAAGUAAGAAUUCAAAGUAAAUUUUAAAUUUAAAGCCAGAGUAGCUGAAUGUAAAGCAUGACUGACUGUAAGAAUUUUUCUAGUUUGCCGUUUUUUAUUUUAAAUAUUUUGAGUUUGAUCUUAAAUUUGAAAAUCACUUUGAAUUCACCUUCAAUUCUCACUUUAGUAAAUAAACCUGUAUGUUCAUGCAAUUAAAAUCAUUGGUAUGUCUAUCACAUACACUAAAAUGUGCGUAUCAAACAGAGGAGAAGGGAGGUGUACAGUACAUUCCUUGACUUCAGUGGGUGAAUUGGCUGUCUCUGCUUUCUGCGGUAGCAGUGAUAGCUUCAGGAUUCCGUUGUGUUCCUGAGCACUAUAUUUAGAUAGCAAUCUCUAGGUGAGUGAAACGCCAGGCACUGAUAAAAUAAGAUGGUGGCACCUUGGAGGAGGGGACAGACUUCAUAUAACUCUCUUCUGUUACACUCACAAGCCACCACCAUUUCAUGCAAAGUACUUACAGGUACAAUAAUCAGUUCAAAAUACGAAAUUGCCAUAUUUGUACAAAUGCAAUAGAUCAGGUGUAGGCAACCUAUGGCACAUGUGCCAUGCACGGCACUCGAGGUGCCUUUGCACGGCACUCAAGAUUGCUAGACCCAAACAGGCUCUGGCCCAUCAGGAGUCCCAGUGGAACUUCAGAUAUUUGCUAGUGCAAAAAGGAGGUGAUGCUCAAUCUAUACUUUAUCCACUGCAGCAUUUAGAGUAAGUGAUCUCAGAUCACUUCCUCCAACCACUUAUGAACUGGAAUCCACCCUGGAGUAGAGCAGCCCACAGCAGCCAUUGCAGCUUUUGCCCUUGAACUGUACCUGGCCAGCCUGGUCCUAACUGGACCCCAUGGAAGCCACCCACACUCCUAGAUACACACAGAGCUGCAAAAUAAGCCUCCCAUCCAUACAAAUAAUUCAACAGCCCACAUACAAACACACACAGUUCAAACAAACACAACACCACUGACAAUUGACAUACAAUCACGCAAUCCCACAAGCAGCCCCACACAUUCACACACCACCAAACACACAAUGUGAUAUGUAAUCCACACACGCAAACUACUCAUAGACAUAUACAAUAUAACAGCCCACAUGUACAUCUUUACACAGCAGCUACAGCCCCCAUAAAUAAUUCAUGCAGAAUAUUUCAACAUACACACUUCAAUUUAAAAAAAUAAAGGACCGGCACACCAAUGGACUUCAAGAUCUCUUUUGUCCCAGUACCUCUAAAAGGUUGCCUACCCCUGCAAUAGAUAAACAACUGGAUACAAGACAAGACAGUAUUGCAACAUAUCAAAAUAAAAGGUAACAAUCAAAUUCUAGUAUCUGUUUCUUUGCAUUUAAGACUUUUAAUGGGCUCUAAAAUAAGCAUGUGAAACAAAUGAUUAGUUUACUUACACAGCCUUUUAAUGUAUGAAAAUGAAGUAAAGGUAAGUGAAUAUAAGUGAAGAUCACUGUCCACCCCCUUGCCCCCAUGGAUAAUGUGUGUGUGUGUGUAUUUAUAUAUAUAUAUAUAUAAAAAAACCAAAAGAAACAACAAAGUGAAUAUUGAGGAAUAUAGUUUUACCUAGUGUCCCCAUACUGGGGCUCUAUAUAUACAUAAUACCUCUAUUGGACAGCGGAAAGGAUUUAUUAAUUAAAAGGGAGUUUGGACAUCCUAAUGUCCCCUUUGACCCGAUCUGUUAUUAAAUAGAGGUGGGCCUUGAGUACCCCACACCCAUGGGAAGAGGGAGGGAGCUCUAAUUAUGAUAUAAAUGGGGAAACUAGUUUCCUCCCCAACCCCCUUUAGUUAUAAUACAAAUGAGGGGGACUAAGUGUCCCACCCAAGCCUCCACCCAUGGGUUGGUGGGUCGGGGCUCCAAAAAUAACCAUAGGUAUCUGCCUCACGCUAAGCAAUAUCAGUCAGUGGUUGACUUGUGUGCUAGUACUGACAUGACUUUGUGACUUACAAGUCUUGUGAAAGGCUAAUGCAUGCACAGAGCACUGAAGAACACAUGAUUACACAGGUGUCUUUUCUCAAGUGAUCCCAGGUAAAAUUUUCAAACCUUUUUAUUGUUUUUUUUUUUCUGGAGACUUAGAGAUGCAGGGCAAACAGAGGUAGUUGGGUUUGGGCAUCAAAUACAGGUGGCAUCACCAAAGCCUGAACUGUUGUAACAUAUGUGACAGCAAAAAGCCUGAAGGUAAUGAUUCUACUCACCAGAACAAAUGUAAUAAGCUGUAGUUGUUCUGGUGACUAUAGUGUCCCUUUAACUGCAGUUUUCUAGAACAUUGAUUGUGUAAUAUGUUUUAAUAGUUUUGUAUUUGUCUUUAUAGAAAUAUUUAGGGCCACCCUUAUUAGUGGACCCCAUUUCAACUAGAGAAAUUUCUCAGUAUUUCAGUUGGGAUAAUCCUGUUAUUUCCCAAAUCAUCCAAUGCUGGUAUCAUCUUUAAAAUCUCAACAGGGAGCCGACAUGAACAUAACGCAGGUUCCCAAAGAAUCCAAUAGGAACUACACACAUAUCCAAUAGUAAAAUGUCAAUAACAUACUGGUACUUCAGACCCAGGGGAUGGCAAAUCUCCAGAAAAAAAAAAUCACUUAAAAUAAGUAAAUACAAUCCAAUACGGACUUGAAUAUGAAGAACAUCAUAACACUUUGACUAAAUGCAGUAGCCCCUAAAAGAGGCAGGUACGCCCAGAAAGGGGGUGAGUCCGCCCCAAUUAAUGGUAGGUUACUACUAAUAAAGCAGGCCGACCCACUGAGGGCAGGGCAUGCAGGGCGAUUUCAGUCUAAUGACGCGCUUGUGGGGAUACCAGGGAACAAAGCCAGGACAGUGGGACAGAAACCGAAGAUCGGGAUGUAUCGCCGAAAUAGGGACUGUUGGGGGCAUGAAAGCUGCAUACAUAUUGCAAUAUGUGAAAUGGAUACUAGUGAAAAAUCAACAAAGUAGAAUUGCAAUAAGGUUAGCCUGGAUGAACUGCAUUUAGUGUGGACUAUGUACAGUCCAUUAAUAAACAGUGUUGUGUCCUCAUUGUCUGUUUGCAGGUUCUCCAACGCUUAAGUUGUAUGGCAACAAAGGGCAGAAUGUUUCUGGUUGCAAACCUGGGAACCAAGAUGUCCUGUAAACCUUUCAAAGCCCAAUGUCCAUCAGAUGGAAGAUUCCAGUUUAACACAAAUGUGGUGUUUAAUGACAAUGGCACACUCAUUGCCACCUAUUUUAAACAAAACUUGUAUUUUGAAUUUGGCUUUGAUACACCUCCCGAGGUCCAGCAUGUGGUUUUUGACACACCAUUUGCCAGCAAAUUUGCCACUUUUACAUGUUUCGAUAUCCUGUUCUUUGAACCUGCGGUGAGCCUGAUCAAGAAGUACAACGUAAAGCACGUUGUGUACCCAGCAGCCUGGAUGAACCAGCUGCCGCUCUUGUCUGCCAUUCAAAUACAGAGAGGCUUUGCAUCUGCUUUUAACAUUAAUUUUAUUGCAGCAAACAUUCACCACACAACACUUGGUAUGACGGGCAGUGGGAUAUUUAGCCCCUCAUACUCCUCCUACCACUACGACAUGACAAAUGAAAAUGGUACGCUUAUUUUGGCAAAGCUGCCAGUGAACCCAUCGGAAGAUGUUAUUGUAGGUUCCAAGGACCAGAUUUGGCCAGAGAACAGUGAGGUGAUAUACAGUAGUAUAUUAACUAAACAUCAAGUUUGUGAAACAGAAGAAACAGAGGAGCCCUGUGGGCGAGACGUUGCCACUGACCAGGUUCCACAUCAUGCGUUCUAUAGUGAGAUGAUGUAUGAUAAUUUCACUUUUGUUCCUCUCUUGCAAAAUGAAGGAAUGCUGGAUGUUUGUGCUGGAACACUCUGCUGCUUUCUGAAAUAUAAGAAAACCAUUUUAUCUGAUGAACUGUAUGCUCUAGGUGUGUUUGAUGGUCUUCAUACGGUGCAUGGCACAUAUUCCCUACAGAUCUGUGCUCUAGUGAAAUGUGGUGGACUGGAGCCCAGUACUUGUGGACACGAGGUAACAAAUGCCGACAGUGUGAUAAAUCUCCAGCUGUGGGGGAAUUUUAGCACGAAGCACAUCUUUCCUCUAUUGCUUACAUCAGGUGUAACCGUACAAUUACCUGACUUCAGCGGCUGGAAAGGCAAUAAGUUCUAUAUGAAUGCUAACGACAUGUCAUCUAGCCUAUUGUCUGCUGCUUUGUAUGGACGGUACUAUGAAAGAGACUAAGAUUUAAUGUGCAUUAACUGUGUACAAACUGUGGAAACCAGUAUUUUGUGGUUUGUAAGAUUUGUGGGCCAGCAUAGUAAAUUAUAUAACUACUCUGAGGAUUAGAAUUACUAUUGAACUGUGCAUCAUAAACAUUUUUUGUGUGUAUUUUUUCUUUCUUUUGUGCACAACUAACCUUUCUGGGCUUGCUCUUUGCCGUUCUUACUCUCCUUAGCUGGCAUUUUGGUUCCACCGAGGAUUUUAUAAAUUUUAAAUUAAAUUGUGCUCACAAUUUAAUAGAACAUGCACACGAUAACAAUAACUUUGUGGGAGUAAUUGAAUAAAUAUAUAUAGCAAGGCUGCAUAGCAAAGCAGCUUGCAAUAUGAAUGGGCCAUUCAAGAACUCUUUGGUGGCCAACCACAAUGACCAAUCAUCCAAUAUUUACAUCUGAUUGUCUGAACCUGGAUAUGGGCUAAUUGGUUUUUGUACUUUUAUAGUAUGGAGCUCUACAUUGUGUGCAUGAUUUAAUAAUUAGUUCCCACCGUAUUAGUAUUUUGUGAACAAGUUCUAUUAAGUCUUGACAUGAUAUACCUAUAUAGUUGGAAUGAUUUACUAAAUCGUGCACACAUAAAAAAAUGUACUAGGUGAUCCCACGGAGCACUAUUCUCAUUGUGAACCAUUUGGUGAAGUUAUGGAAUCUGGAAAGAUCUGAGAGGUGUCACCUGAGACGUGACCUAGGUCACUGGUGACACCCAUAAUGGUCAGGCCCACCUAGAAAUGUAGCAUGUACCUAGAAAAGCCCUUGGUGACAGCAUACAGUGCAGAAAACAGAUGUUGGUGAAACUUUAAUGUGUAGGUUGGACAUAGAUCUCCUGGCCUGCCCUAGUUUUGUGAGAGGUACCAGCCGCCACCUAAUAUUUUUGCUAAUUACACGAGACACAGUAGUACUAGUCUCUACUUUGUCAAAUGCAUAUCUUUUACUUGCAAUGGAAUUUCAAAAAAAUUCUAGCACAGUCUAAAGAGCUUUUCAUAAAGAUUCUGUCUUGAUACUGCUGCCAUACAGGCUUUUUGUUUAAUUUCUCAACUCUACACAAGCUGUUUAAACACUUUUGCAAACUCAUUUAAAAAGCUGUAAUUUACCAGACUAUUUGGUAGGAUUGUGUCAGGUUUUAGAAAAUACUCAUCACAUGUUUGUCAAACAUCACAAGAUACAUAUUUGUCUAUUUAUCUUUGGUAUCUGCAGGUUGAGAUUGUUGUGUAUUAAUAAAGUUUGUUGGAUAAAAAACA